AUCAGGAGACACAGAAAAGUUAUCAGCGGGAUUGUGAAUCUGCAGCAGCAGCAGCACCGUCCUCAGCAUCAUGGCCAACAAAGCACAGCAGCCUCCUCACCUGCAUCUGGCUGAGGUCACCGCGUCCCAGUUCCUGGACAUCUGGAAACACUUCGACGCUGACGGUAAUGGCUACAUCGAGGGGAAGGAGCUGGAAAACUUCUUCAGGGAGCUGGAGAUGGCCCGGAGAGGGGCGGGGGUGGACCCUUCAAACCCCACAUUCAGAGAAAAGAUGAAGGAGUUCAUGCAGAAGUUUGAUAAGAACAAAGAUGGACGGAUUGAGAUGUCAGAGCUGGCCCAGAUUCUCCCCACUGAAGAGAACUUCUUGCUGUGCUUCAGAGAGUUUGUCAGCUCCAGUGCUGAAUUCAUGGUGGCGUGGCGGAGAUAUGACACAGAUCGCAGUGGCUAUAUCGAAGCAAAUGAAUUGAAGGGCUUCCUGUCAGAUCUGCUGCAGAAGGCGAACAGACACUACGAUGACCAGAAGCUGCAGGAGUACACACAGACCAUACUCCGGAUGUUUGAUCUGAAUGGAGAUGGGAAGCUGGGCCUGUCAGAGAUGGCCAGGCUUCUUCCUGUUCAGGAGAAUUUCUUACUCAAAUUCCAGGGUGUCAAGUUGACCAGUGAGCAGUUCAAUGCCAUCUUCACGUUCUAUGAUAAGGAUGGGAACGGCUACAUUGACGAGCAGGAGUUAGAUGCUCUGCUACGAGACCUUUACCAGAAACACAAGAAGGAGGUGGACCUGAAGAACCUGACGGGCUACAAGCAGAGCAUCAUGAACCUCUCUGAUGGAGGGAAGCUGUACCGUGGCGAGCUGGAGAUCGUCCUCUGCAGGGAGCCCAUCCCGUGACUUUCUCCUCUCUUGUUGCAUAAAAUCAUUUUCUCUGCCUCCCCCGCCCUGCUCUCCUGAGACCACCCCUCCUC